AUGGCGGCUGCAGCAGGCGGAGUGGCAGCAGCAGGGGGAGGGGGAGAAGAGGCCAGUGGGGGAGCGGCAUUCCCGUGUGGGGCGGGGGUGGCGGCAGCAGCAGCGCAGCGGUACCGGCGGUACCAGCUGCGGUCGUUUGUGGAGGCGAGUGAGAGCGUCAAGUGGUGCCCCUCGCCCGGCUGUGACUUCGCCAUCCACGCUGAAGGGGGCGCGCCCAUCUCCCGCGCCCUGCCAGGCGCGGGCGCGCGCGGGGGGAAGCUGAAGGGGGUGAUGGCGGAGGAGGAGGAGGAGGGCGGAGGGGGAGGGGCGGUGUGGGGCGGGAGCAGGAGCCGGGACGUGCGGUGUGCGUGUGGGCACGAGUGGUGCUGGCACUGCCUGCAGGAGCCCCACCGGCCAGUUGACUGCGAACUCGUGCGCAAAUGGGUCGUCAAAAACAGUGCGGAGUCGGAGAACAUGAAGUGGAUUCUGGCGAACAGCAAGGCGUGCCCGCGGUGCCAGCGGCCGAUAGAGAAGAACCACGGGUGCAUGCACAUGACGUGCUCGCCGCCGUGCCGCCACGAGUUCUGCUGGCUCUGCCUUGGCGACUGGAAGGACCACGGCGAGGGCACCGGCGGGUUCUACGCCUGCAACCGCUACGAGACCAGCAAGAAGAAGGGCGAGUACAACGUGGAGGAGGAGCGGCGGCAGCGCGCGCGGCAGUCACUGGAGCGGUAUCUGCACUACUUUGAACGGUGGGCCAGCAACGAACAGUCGUGGCGGCGCGCACAGGAGAGCCUCAAAGAGGUGGAGCAGCACCAGGCGGAGCAGCUGAGGGGGCUGAUGGGGUUACCAGCGGCGCAGAUGAAGUUUCUAUCGGAGGCGUGGCAGCAGAUCAUAGCGUGCAGGCGCAUGCUCAAGUGGACCUACGCCUAUGGCUUCUACCUCUCCGACCACCAGCCCGCCCGCCGCAACCUCUUUGAGUACCUCCAGGGCCAGGCAGACGCAGCGUUGGGGUGGCUGCACAAGGCGGCAGAGAAGGAUGUGGAGGCGUUUGUGCCCUCGCACUUCAAGGGCUCCUUCGACGCGCACGCCAACCCCACCCCCGCCGCCCUCUCCCCCCAGCACCGCCUGUCCGAGUUCCUCGCCUUCCGCUCCCACCUCACGCGCCUCACGGCCGUCACGCGCACCUUCUUCCAUAACCUGGUUACCGCGCUUGAAUCCGGACUCUCGGAGAUUCCCGAGGAUGUGCCGACAGGGGAGGGGGAUGCUGGGGGCGCACGUGGGAAGAAGUUUGUGGCUGUUGAUGUAUCAAAGAGCAGAGUCUCACUGGCAGUGGCAGUUGGAGAGCAUUGUGUGGAGCGUGUGGGCAUGAGGGCAGGUGUAGAGGAGUGGUACGGGCAGCCCUACAUGGAGGUCUGGUGCAAGGCACUGCCUGUGCCCCUGCGGCUGCGUGCACCCAGUGCUGCGUGCACAACAGGCACACGGGCGUAG